CAGAAAUGUUUCAUUUAAUCAUAUCCAAUCGCGUUUGCCAUUCAAAUAAAUCUCAAAAUAUAUAAAAACAAAUUUUUUACAUUACAGUGAAGUUUUUGAUAAGCCAUGUUCGAUACAACUAAAUACUUUCCGCGUUCAGUUGAUUCCGAGCAUCCGUCCCAGUCGGAGCACAAUGAGUCCUUGUCACUGGAUCAUGUCGUCACCUACGAUAUGGUCCAUAACCCGGAGGGAAGAUCACCUGAUCACAGUGUCAUCGAAAUGACAUCGGAAGCUGACCGGCAUAUAGGACACGAUGUCACUUCAUCUCCCCAAUUGAUGAUUAUAUUUGAAGAAGGCGACAUCAACAGUGCACUGCACUUUAUUAUUGAGUCGGUUCAUAAUCCCUUUGCCUCGAAUGCGGUGGCCAUGGUUCUGGUUGAAGAGAAAAUUCGCGGGGAGAUCGUCGAGCGAAUCCUGUCUAAGCUACAUCCUCUUAGUAAGUUUGUGGCCGAACAUCCUAGCUAUCUGGCAGCACUGGAGAAAUGCCACACCUCCAACUUUAACAUAAUAAGGGCCUGCAUUUCGGAGGUUGCCCCACCAAUGGCUUCACCCAUUUUUGUGUGUGACUGUACGCACGAUAAGCUGGGAAGUUACCCAACUGGAGUAGUAACAUUUCACACAUUCCGCAAUAACCAGGAGGCCAUUGCCAUAAGUCAGUGCGAAUCGUUGGCCUUCGCAUCCGUCUCCAUUUGGAACGAAACGCUAACUGGAUGCUACGAUCUCGUGGCGGCCCUCAGCUCGUCCUAUUUUUUUCUAAACUGCGCCAACGUUGACUUGUCGCCAAUUUUAAAGCCACACAAGGCCCAGAAAAAUUACGUGGUAGUUGAAAACGGCUUUCACUUCGAAACCCUACGUAUCUAUGACAAUUUCAAAGCCAUUGUAUUUCCCAUUGGCGGACAAAUAUUGCCAGACAUCGAGGAUCACAAGGAGGAGCACGCAGCUAUCUUCUUUUUGGAAGCUUAGUAUUGGAAUGACUUCCACGACUUCCCCUUUCAUCCGAUUUCGCAAAAGUGCUUGGCAGAUUCAAAAUUUAAAGUUAUUUUGGGUGUUUUUAUGGUUAUUAACGUUCAUGAUGCGUGCCAAUAUACAAUUGCGCUUGCGAGUGCAGUCCCUCCUUCCCUCACCCUUCCACGUUGCACUGAAAACGGGACAAACAUGCACGCAUCAAAAUCAGACUUGUAAUCCAAGUGCAAGUUCCGAAUCCAAAAAUCCAUCCAUCGCUUGCAGAACAUCCUUCACCGAGGCUCCUCGCUCCCCUGCCCUCGUCCUGCCAGGAUAGCAAGCAAGUAAGCAGGAAAGCAAGAAAGCAAGCAGGAAAGCAAGAAACCAAGCUGGCAUCCAGCAAGCUCGCAAGUCGGGAGGCGGGAGGAGUUGGAAAUUCGCUCGCCUGGUGUCACGUAGAAUAGACAUACAGACAUGCAAGUGACAGACAGAUGGAGAGACACUGUGACACGACACAUUGACUGACAGCUGCAGGGAUGCCAGUGGGCGUGGGCGUGGGCGUGGGCGGUUGCGUUGCCAAUGGGGCGUGGCAGGUCUAAGAGGCUGCCACUGGGGUUGCAAGGAUUUUGUGCAAGAAGUGGCGUGUGCAAACAAAACCGAAAGACAAAAGCAUUGAUGGACAUGCACGGGGCUGCAGGAGAGCAGAAUGAAUUCCAUCUUCCAUCGCCGGUCAAUGGAACAGUUUCCUUAGUCAGCAUCUCCGUGGGGCAUUUAAUUUCAAAAGGAUUGUUCGACGACUGCAAGUUAAAGAGGGGAAAUGUUCAGGGAUCUGAGAACAUACUCGCUAUCAAUUCCUUUAAGGUCUUUUACGUUUUCCUCGUAUCGUGAUAGUAAGAAAAAAGUCCCCGAAAUUUGUUAGAUUUCCGAUCCCGACAUUUGCGAAUC